AUGGCGACCAAGUCCUUCAAGCUUCUCUGCUUGGAGAACCCCCUCCUCGACAUCCAAGGUGUAGGGGACCACGAAAUGCUGCAGAAAUAUGGCCUCAAACUCGACGACACCCUCCUGGCCGAACCCCACCAAAUGGACCUCUACGACGACCUGAUCCAGAACCGCAACGCCAAAUUGAUCCCUGGCGGCGCCGCGCAGAACACCGCCCGCGGAGCACAGUACAUGUUACCAUCUGAGAGUGUGUGGUAUGUCGGCAGCGUCGGAGACGACGAGUACGCCCGGAUACUGCGCGAAAAGUGCAAGGAGCAAGGUCUCCACGUCGAAUAUCACGUCGAGCCCACCGUCCCGACGGGGAAAUGCGGCGUCAUCAUCACCGACCACCACCGCACCAUGUGCACGCACCUGGCGGCCGCGAACGAAUACAAGCUCCCGCACCUGCAAUCCCCGCAGAUCUGGUCCCUCGUCGAGUCCACCCAGACGUUCUACGUCGGCGGGUACCACCUGACCGUGUGCCCGCCCGCGGCCAUGGCGCUGGCGAAACACGCCGCCGAGAACAACAAGAUCUUCAUGCUUUCCUUAUCGGCCGGGUUCAUCCCGCAGUUCUUCAAGGAUCCGCUCGCCGAGAUCCUGCCCUACUGCGACUUCGUGUUUGGCAAUGAGAACGAGGCGUCCACGUGGGCCGAGACGCAGGGCCACAAGGGCAUCAGCAUGGCCGAGUGCGCGAAGCUCAUGGCCAAAUCGCCCAAGGUGAAUGCGAAGAGGCCGCGAGUCGUCAUCGUGACUCAGGGCACUGAUCCGACCAUCGUGGCCGUGCACGAUAGUGCCAAGGGAGAUGAGGUCGAGGUCAAGGAGUACCCCGUCGCGGUGAUUGACAAGGAGAAGAUCAACGACACGAACGGCGCGGGCGAUGCCUUUGCCGGUGGAUUCUGCGCCGGAGUCGUGAACGGGGACAGCCUCGAGGAGUGUAUCAAGAAGGGCCAUUGGUUGGCGAGGUUGAGUCUGCAAGAGUUGGGGCCUUCGUGA